CCGCACCGCCAGCCGGCCGCCGCGCUCAGUGCAGCCUGCCAGCCGGCCCGCCACCAUGGCUGGGUUCGUGGUCAGUGGAACUCAAGUGUCCUACAUAGGCCAGAACUGCAGAGAAAUUCCAGAACACCUGGGCCGGGACUGUGGACAUUUUGCAAAAAGGCUUGACUUGAGCUUCAACCUCCUGAGGUCACUGGAAGGACUGAGCGCGUUCGGGAGCCUGGAGGAGCUCAUUCUAGACAGCAAUCUGCUCGGGGACGACCUCGUGUUGCCACGGUUACCCCACUUGCACACCUUAACCCUCAACAAGAACCAGAUUACUGAUUUGGAACACCUCCUUGAUCACCUGACAAAAGUGACACCAGCCCUAGAGUACCUCAGCCUGCUGGGAAAUGUGGCAUGUCCCAAUGAGCUGGUCAGUUUGGAGAAGGACGAGGAAGACUAUAAGAGGUACAGGUACUUUGUUCUGCACAAGCUGCCCAAUUUGAAGUUUCUGGAUGCCCAAAAGGUCACCAGACAGGAACGAGAGGAAGCAUUGGUCAGAGGGGCCUUCAUGAAGGUGGUGAAACCUGCGGCUUCCAUUGGAGAUGAUACUGCUUCUCCAGAGAGCCACCCCCAGUACACACCUUUGCCAUCUGCAUCCAGAGAGCUCACCAGUCACCGAGGUAUCCUAGCGAAAAAUCGCUAUUUUUACUGUGGAAGAAACUCAGAGGGUAACAGAUUCAUCCGAGAUGACCAGCUUUGAAGCUAAAUUCUACAUGCCUUAGCCUGUUUCAUGACAAUAAAAUGAAAAA